AGCUUUGGAAGUAAAAACAAAUAGGCAUCUGGUCUCUCCUUGAGCAGAAAGUGUCUUCCGGUGGCAAUGGAUCCACAGACUGGAGAGAUUGUGGCGGUGUUUUCGUUGGACGCAAUUUGGACCCGAACCCAUUAGCAAGAACAAGAAAGCCUUAGCAUUUGGAUAGCGUCGAGCAAACUCUCCCAUGCCUGAGAACUCACAGCAACCGCAUCUCUUCUUCGGACGCCAUCAUGCAUUCUGGUAACUCCUCCACGACUGUCGCCACGGAAGAGACUCCAUGGGAUCUGCCCUCGUCCCCAACCAACGUCUCCACCUGGCCUUCCCCUUGUCAUGUCCUCCUCUCCAACUACCAGUUUGUGGUCAUCCCAACCCUCUUCUGUGCUAUCUUCAUCCUUGGACUGGUGGGGAAUAGCAUCGUUGUUGCGGUGCUGUGUUGGCGACGGAGCCCAAAGACGGUGGCCAACGUCUACAUUGUCAACUUGGCAGUAGCCGAUCUCCUGGCUCUGGCCACAGUCCCGUUCUGGGCUGCUUACUAUGCUUAUGGAUACAACUGGCUCUUUGGCUCGGUGAUGUGCAAAAUCUCUGGCUCGCUCCUCUCCCUGACCAUGUUUGCCAGCAUCUUUUUCAUCACCUGCAUGAGCGUGAACCGCUACCAGGCCAUCGUCCACCCCUUUAAGUCCCAGCGAGGGACACCCCGCCAGGCAUCCGUCAUGGUCCUCUUCGUGUGGGGACUGGCCGCCUUGGCUUCCCUGCCCACCUUCUAUUUCCGGGAGACCAAACACGUCCAGGAGUUGAACGUGACCGCUUGCAUCAUGGCCUAUCCGCUGGAGAGAUACGCCAAGUGGUCGGCCGGAACAGCUUUGGCGAAAAACACGCUCGGCUUCCUCAUCCCUCUCUCCAUCAUCACCGUCUGCUACAUCUCCAUCAGGGUCCACUUGACGAAGAGCCGAGGUUUCCGGAAAACCAAGCGGAUGAGGGACCACGUCUUGAAGCUGGUGGCUGCCGUGGUGGUGGCCUUCUUGAUCUGCUGGCUCCCCUUCCACAUCUUGACUUUCCUGGAUGCCCUGUUCUGGAUGGGCGUGGUUAGCGACUGCCGGGUCACAUCCUCCAUUGAUGCUGCCUUGCCUUUUGGACUCUUGAUGGGGUUCGCUAACAGCUGCAUCAACCCUUUGCUGUACUAUUUCAUCGGCAGGCAGUUCCAGGACAGACUCCCGCAUCUGCUCAAACUGAGCCUCUUCCAGUUUAACAGCAACCGGGAAAUCUUUUGCUCUGGCAAAACGAGUUCGGUCAAAACCGCCGAGUCUCUUGUGGAUGCCGAACAUGGCGGAGAUGCCGAAAGGCCUCAAACCGACCCGUUAUGGGUCCCUUGAACUGCAUGUGGAAACAAUUCAGAGGAUGUCCUGCUCUCUUUUCUACGUGCCUCUCCUGUUUUUCCCCUGAUCUUCCAUCUACAUAUCUUCAAAAGUACAAACUGUCCAGCGGAAACUCUUGUUUUUAAUUUCUUGGUGAAAGGGGGAGGAGGGAUUCUCUUUCUUUGAAAAGAGCUGUCAUAUACUUUAAUGGUGUCAUUCUAAAAUAAAUAACCAGGGAUGCAAUAAUCCAUCUUCCGUAAACAACUGAAGGACGUUAGGAACCCAGCCACUUUCUGGGACGAAGAGAGUUGCGCUGUUUUUAUUGCCACUGGGGGAAAAGCCUGGGAUUCGAGACACGUAUGAGGACACUUUCCAGCUAAAUGAGGCCCUCUUAACUUUUGUUGCAUUAAAAGUCUGUCUGGGACAAAG